AUGGCGCUUCGGCCAGGACCGGCGUUUCUCACGGGAGGCGCCUGCUUUCAGGUGCACCUUGUGGACCAGCACGCCAAGAACGAGUUCCACGUGCUCCAGGACACCUUCAGCAUCGCGGCCAUCAGCGGGGACAGCGAGCAGAGGUUCUUCUUUGCCCAUAUGGUGAAGCGGAAUGACGUGGUGAUCUGCACGGCUCAGAUCCUGCAGAACGCGCUGGUCAGCACGGAGGAGGACGUGCACGUGGAGCUGACGGAUUUUUCCUUGCUGGUGAUAGACGAGUGCCACCACACGCAGAAGGACGCCGUCUACAACAAAAUCAUGCUGAAUUAUCUCCAGCACAAGCUGAGCGGGCACCAGAACCUGCCGCAGAUCCUGGGCCUGACAGCGUCACCCGGCACCGGGGGCGCCACGUCCUUCCAAGGAGCCGUCGAUCACAUCCUACAGAUCUGUGCCAACCUGGAUGCUGCUAAAAUCGCGUCUGCCCAGAAGUACCUGCACGAGCUGCAGACGCAGGUCCCGCAGCCCCGCAAGCAGUACGACCUGUGCCAGGAGAGAGCGCGGGACCCUUUUGGAGAGCGGCUGAAGGGGAUCAUGGACCAGAUCCAGCAGUACAUGGACGUUCCCGGCCUGUCGCUGAGCUUUGGCACGCAGAUGUACGAGCAGCGCAUCGUGGAGCUGGAGACGAGAGCGGCAGAGACGUUUUGUCGCAAGACGCGCGUGUGCGCGCUGCACCUGCGCAGGUACAACGACGCCUUGCUGAUCAACGACACCGUGCGCAUGAUCGACGCCUUCCAGUGCCUCAGCGAGUUCUACCUCGCGGAGAGGGACUUGAAGGAUCCGACAGAGCUUUUCCUGGCUGCCGUGUUCGAGGAGAACAGGACCCGCUUGCUGGAGCUCGCCAGGGACCAGCAGUACGAGAACCCCCGGCUGGGCAAGCUGGAGGAGAUCCUGCAGGAGCAGUUCCAGGCCCCGGGCACUUCUCGUGGCAUCGUUUUCACCAGGACCCGCCAGUGCGCCCACAGCCUGCACAGCUGGCUCAAGGACACGGCGUCGCUCCGCGGGCUGGACAUCAGGGCGGCCGUCCUCACCGGGGCCGGCUACAGCAACCAGACCAAGCACAUGACGCAGAACGAGCAGCAGGAAGUGAUCGAGUCGUUCCGCAAAGGAGACCUCAACCUGCUCUUCUCGACCAGCGUGGCCGAGGAGGGCCUCGACAUCCCGGAGUGCAACGUCGUGGUCCGCUACGGGCUCAUGACCAACGAGAUCGCCAUGACGCAGGCGCGUGGCCGUGCCCGUGCCGACAACAGCGUGUACUCUGUGCUGGCCAAAGCGAGCAGCAGAGAGGUCUCCCGGGAGCUGCUCAACGAGAGCCUCAUAGAGCUCAUGGUCAGGGCGAUCCGAGAGGUGCAGGACAUGCCCAAGAGGGAGCAUCUUUCCCAGAUCAUGGAGCUGCAGCGAAACGCCGUUGUCAGCUGGAAAGCGAAGGAAGCCAAGAGCACCGAGAGGCGGCAGCUGCACGACCCAGGCGCCGUUUAUUUCUACUGCGUCAACUGCAACAUAGCCGUGUGCCGGGGCAGCGACAUCCGCACCGUGGAGGGCAUGCACCACGUCAACAUCAACCCCCUCUUCAAGUUUUACUACAAAGUCACCCCCGGGAAGCUGCAGCUCGAGCGCUCCUUCAAGGACUGGGAGCCCGGCUGCGGCCUCGCGUGCAGCGAGUGCAGCCAGGUCUGGGGGCUGGAGAUGAUCUACCGGGCCGUGAAGCUGCCCAUCCUCUCCAUCAAGAACUUCGUGGUGGAGACGCCGGACGAGAAGAGGAAGUACAAGAAGUGGAGCAGCGUGACGUUCCCCGUCGAGGAGUUCGACUACCUGGAGUACUGCUCCAGCCUGGACACGCAGCCCUCCUAG